UCAGACCCGUGUUCCGGUGCGCAGGUGAAAUCGCUCCUUCCUUUUCUUCACGCGUUCCUGUGGCUCGGCUGUGUGUCUGCACUGAAUCGACUCUUUUGUGCCCCGGAGAAGCAGCGCGUUUACAUGAUGACGAAGGAACAGGUGGAUCGCUCAGCCGAGGAGGAGCAGCAGGCGGCCCAGUCGAAGAAAGCGCUGAAGAAACAGCAGAAAGAAGCGGAGAAAGCAGCCAAGAAGGCUGAGAAGCAGGCCAAGCUGGCAGCUGAUCAGCAGACUGCGGAGGAGGAUGACUUUGCACGGGAUCGUUACGGUGUGUGUGUAAUGCUGCAGUCGCAGGAGAAACUGGACAGGUCUCUGGUGCGGGUGUGUGAGCUGACUCCGGAUGGAGCGGGUCAGACGGUGUGGGUGCGUGCCAGGGUUCACACCAGCAGAGCUAAAGGGAAGCAGUGUUUCUUGGUCCUGCGUCAGCAGCAGUUUAAUGUCCAGGCUCUGGUGGCUGUGGGAGAGCAAGCCAGCAAGCAGAUGGUGAAAUUUGCCGCUAAUAUUACGAAGGAGAGUAUCGUGGACGUGGAGGCCGUGGUGCAGAAGGUGGAGCAGAAGAUUGAGAGUUGUUCUCAGCAGGAUGUAGAGCUGCACAUCCAGAGGCUGUUUGUGGUGAGUCAGGCUGAGCCUCGGUUGCCUCUGCAGUUGGAGGACGCUGUGAGGCCUGAAGUUGAAGGCGAGGAGGAAGGCAGAGCCACAGUGAACCAGGACACCAGGCUGGAUAAUCGUGUUAUCGACCUGAGGACAACGACGAGUCAGGCAAUUUUCCGUCUGCAGUCAGGAGUGUGCCAGCUUUUCAGGGACACACUCAUCAACAAGGGCUUCGUCGAGAUCCAGACACCUAAAAUCAUCUCUGCUGCGAGUGAAGGAGGUGCGAACGUCUUCACCGUGUCUUACUUUAAGACGAGUGCGUACCUGGCUCAGUCUCCUCAGCUCUACAAGCAGAUGUGUAUCUGUGCCGACUUCAACAAGGUCUUCUGUGUCGGACCAGUGUUCAGAGCUGAGGACUCAAACACACACCGUCACCUGACUGAGUUUGUUGGUCUGGAUAUUGAGAUGGCGUUUAAUUAUCACUACCACGAGGUUAUUGACUCCAUCACCGACACCAUGGUGCAGAUCUUCAAAGGACUCCGGGACAAGUUCCAGACGGAGAUCCAGACGGUGUGUAAGCAGUACCCCAGCGAGCCGUUUAAGUUCCUGGAGCCGAUGUUGAGGUUGGAGUUCAAGGAAGCCGUCGCUCUGCUGCGCUCAGCUGGAGUGGAGAUGGGGGAUGAGGAGGAUCUCAGCACGCCUAAUGAGAAACUGCUCGGUCGUCUCGUCAAAGAAAAGUAUGAUACAGAUUUCUACGUCCUGGAUAAAUAUCCUCUGGCGGUGAGGCCUUUCUACACCAUGCCUGAUCCCCACGACCCGAAAUACUCCAACUCGUAUGACAUGUUCAUGAGGGGAGAGGAGAUCCUAUCCGGAGCUCAGAGAGUCCACGAUGCUCAGCUGCUCACUCAGAGAGCACUUCAUCACGGCAUCGACCUGGAGAAGAUUAAAGGCUACAUCGACUCAUUCCGUUACGGAGCUCCGCCCCAUGCUGGAGGAGGAAUCGGUCUGGAGCGAGUCACCAUGCUGUACCUCGGCCUCCACAACGUGCGUCAGACCUCCAUGUUCCCCCGUGACCCCAAGCGCCUCACACCCUAAAGGUCAAAUGUGGCACUUCCUGGCUGACUUCGCGCGCGCUCACACAGACACACAGAAUGGGGAACAGGAAGUGGGCGUGUCUCUCUGUGAUUAAACAGUAAUAAAUAAAAACCAGCUCGUUUAUUUAUAAAUAUAUACAUUUUUUUUUUUUUUUACAUUUGAUACUGAAGUGUCGCGCGAGGUCAGUCCUGACUGCUGAAGGGACAGAGUGAACAUUAAAUAAGUGUACUUUAAAGUGUUUAAAGGGAAUCUGUGCUCUAAUGUUGGUGAAGGGGUGGGUGAGGUCACGUCUCAAACCACACACAGCUGUACUAAACAGUGUGAGAUUAUUACAGCAGGAUUUCAACAGUUCUGUUGUCUGUAAUUUGGGGUGAAAUCAAAGGAAUUUUAAUCGACAGUUUAUUAUGCAAGUAUGUGAUUUGGGACACAGCCCAGGACUUUAAAAUAGUGUACUUAAUAACUUGCCAUGUUUAAUAGUAGUGUAUGAAAUGCCAUGAUUUUGAUAUUACAGUGUGUGUGUGUAUAAAAUCAUGUGGAUAUCAUGAAUCAUGUGAGAGAAUCAUGUCUCUCACGCGCUGUAGCGGAUGUGGACUUGGGCGUGGCCGAGGUCUUAUACUGACGAAGAUAAACUUUCAGUCCAGUGGUUUUUCCUACUGAAGUAAUUUUUGCUAGCUAGUACACCAAGUAGUGCUCUGACCUGCUCACUCUGCUGAGGAGUUUUAAACACAUCAUUAAUAAACUGAUUAAUUAAUUAAAACACAAAUAAAAGAAUUAAAGAGCACUUUCUCCUGA